AUGCAGGUUACUGCAAUCCUCUCUAUUAUCGCAUGCCUUUUCGUGAGUUCUAUUCAAGCCACAAAAGAUCCCAAUGUAGCACCGGGUCGUUCAACUGCUAUUCAUUUGUUUGAAUGGAAAUGGACCGAUAUAGCAGCUGAAUGCGAACGCUUUCUUGGACCUUAUGGAUACGCCGGCGUUCAAGUUUCACCACCUAAUGAACAUGCACUUAUCGAUGGUCGUCCAUGGUGGCAACGUUAUCAACCUGUCAGUUAUAAACUUCAAUCACGAAGUGGUACUGAAGCUGAAUUUAUUGAUAUGGUUGAUCGAUGUAAUAAAGCUGGUGUUCGUAUCUAUGUUGAUGCUGUUAUUAAUCAUAUGGCUGCUGGUGGAAACCGUGGAUCUGCUGGCUCUUCGUACAAUACUGGAUCAAAAGACUUUCCAGCUGUUCCAUUUAGUGCCUGGGAUUUCGGUGACAGUCUAUGUAAAAGCGGCAGUGGAAAUAUUGAAAAUUAUAAUGAUCCUGAACAGGUGAGAAACUGUAAAUUAGUUGGCUUACCCGAUUUAAUCGUUGGAAAAGAUUAUGUAGCUGAUAAAAUCGCUGAAUUUAUGAAUCGUUUAAUUGAUAUUGGUGUUGCUGGUUUCCGUAUUGAUGCUGCUAAACAUAUGUGGCCCGCGGAUUUAAAUAAAGUCAUUAACAAAUUGAAAAAUUUACGAUCAGACAUAUAUGGUGGUAACAAACGACCAUUCAUUUAUUUUGAAGUUAUCGAUCUUGGUGGUGAACCUAUUAAGAAUACUGACUAUACGCCAAUGGCUCGUGUAUCUGAAUUUCGUUAUGGUAAAUUUUUAAGUGAAGUUGUACGAAAGAAAAACGGGCAAAAACUCAGAUAUUUGAAUAACUUCGGAACUGGCUGGGGAAUGAUUAACGACGGUGACGCUCAAAUCAUGGUUGAUAAUCAUGAUAAUCAACGUGGACAUGGCGCUGGUGGUGAUAUUUUGACCUUCUUCGAUGGUCGUCUAUAUAAAAUCGGCACAGCAUUUAUGUUGGCUUGGCCUUAUGGAUAUCCUGUAAUCAUGUCAAGUUAUAACUUCAAUCGUGCCGAUGAUGGCCAAGGCCCACCGUCUGAUGGCAGUGGUAAUACAAACAGUGUUAUCAUCAAUGCCGAUUCGUCUUGCGGUGGUGGAUGGAUCUGUGAACAUCGUUGGCGACAAAUUUAUAAUAUGGCUCGUUUCCGUAAUGCUGCUGGUUUCGAAUCAGUUCAAAACUGGUGGGACAACGGUAACAAUCAAAUCGCUUUCUCACGUGGUAGUAAAGCUUUUAUUGUUAUCAAUAAUGAUGAUGUCGAUCUUAAUCAAUCACUCAGAACUGGUUUACCAGCUGGUCAAUAUUGUGAUGUUAUUUCAGGCAAUCUUGAUAAUGGUAGAUGCACAGGCAAAAUUGUAACAGUUCAAGGUGAUGGACAAGUACAAGUAGCAAUUUCGAAGAAUGAUCAAGAUCCAAUGAUCGCUAUUCAUGUUAAUGCUAAACUUUAA